AAUAUUCAACCAGCAGAGAUGUUGCUCAGAAUAUAUUCGAUAUGCGUUUUAACGUUGGACCUCAUGAUGCUCCUCUGUGGAAUAUGCUACGCGAUCCUAAUCGCAGUUUAUAGAAUGUUUAGACCGCCAUCCUUGAAGAAUCUGAAUUUUGAAGUUGCUAUGAUUGUAGGUGUAGGACGUGGGGUAGGUAGGGAACUUGCUCUACAGUUAUGUCAAUUUGGUGUCACGGUUGCUUGCGUAGACAUUAAUGUUGAAACUUGUGUUGCCACUGUACAAAGUGCUAAGCAAAUACAUGGAGUAUGUAAGAGUUACCAGUGUGACGUGAGAGACAAGGAAGCAGUAU